UUGGUGGGCGACGGCGAGGAGCACCUCCGAGGCAGCCAUUUCCAACGAGCUGGCGGGGGGCGAAAGAUGGCGGCGCCCCUCGGGUGGUCGAAGGCGGGGUCAGGAUCUGUGUGUCUCGCCUUCGAUCAACUGCGGGACGUGAUUGAGUCUCAGGAGGAGUUGAUCCAUCAGCUGAGGAACGUGAUGGUUCUCCAGGAUGAAAAUUUUGUCAGUAAAGAAGAGUUCCAGGCAGUAGAGAAGAAGCUGGUGGAAGAGAAAGCUGCCCAUGCCAAGACCAAGGUCCUCCUGGCCAAGGAAGAGGAGAAAUUACAGUUUGCCCUCGGAGAGGUAGAGGUGCUGUCCAAGCAGCUGGAGAAAGAGAAGCUGGCCUUUGAAAAAGCGCUCUCCAGUGUCAAGAGCAAAGUCCUACAGGAGUCCAGCAAGAAGGACCAGCUCAUCACCAAGUGCAAUGAGAUUGAGUCUCACAUUAUAAAGCAAGAAGAUAUACUUAAUGGCAAAGAGAAUGAGAUUAAAGAGUUGCAGCAAGUUAUCAGCCAGCAGAAGCAGAUCUUCAGCCCACCACCAGCCGGCUACAUUGCAGGAAUCACAUGUCUGACUUCCGGAUCCAGAAGGAGCAGGAGAGCUACAUGGCCCAGGUGCUGGACCAGAAGCAUAAGAAAGCCUCAGGAACGCGUCAGGCCUGCAGCCACCAGUAUCCCAGGGAAAAAUAAAAUGGCCACUGCCUUCCUGUUCUCUGGCUGUAAUCCCCAGCCUCUGCCUGCUCUGCUCUGGGAGUCCCCAGCCUCUAGCCCCUGCUACUUCUCUCCCUCUUAGGUAGUAGUAGGGGUCCACAGGGUAGGGGCUUGUAGCCUAGGGGAGGAGCUGGGUCUUUGUUGUCUGGUAGACACCACCACUUUGGGUAUUUAAUCCUUUCCUAUAUAAACAGCCCUUAUUAC